AUGUUUGAUCGUUCAAGAUCUCCCAGAAGAAAUGAUAUGCGCGACCGUUCUAGAUCUCCACCAAGAAGAGAUUAUUUCUCCGGUUAUAGAGGAAGAUCCUUCAGAGGUAGACGUGGAAGUAGACGCGGUGGAUCAGGAUAUCGUUACAGGGACGACAGGGGUGACAGGGGUGACAGGGGUGACAGAGGUGACAGAGGUGACAGAGGUGACAGAGGUGAUAGAGGUGAUAGAGGCGAUAGAGGCGAUAGAGGUGAUAGAGGCGACAGAGGCUUUCGUGAGACACCCAGGGUGUAUGAAAACUCUAUUUUCAUUGGAAACCUACCAUAUGAGGCAACCUGGCGUGACCUUAAAGACUGCUUCAGGGAUGCUGGUGAGAUUGCGCGAGCAGACGUGUUGACUUCUCAUGGUUCUUCCAAGGGUUUAGGUACUGUUGAAUUUGCCGAUAGAGAAUCUGCAGAAAAGGCUAUCGAUAUGUUCAAUGGAUUUAACUUCAUGGGACGUGAAAUAUUUGUUAGAGAGGAUCAACCACCGCCACCAAGAGAUGAUGAUAGGGGCGCCCGUUUCAGAGGUCGUGAUAGAGAUUCUGAAAGAUCUGAAAGAUCUGAUAGAGGUAGAGACUUUUCUCACACAAGCAGGUUACCAGUUCCACAAGUCGACGGAAUCGAGGUGUUCGUCGGUAACCUACCAUUCAGAACAUCCAACAUUGAAUUUCAAAGUGUCUUUCAGGAUUGUGAUGACAUUAAAAGUGCACAGGUGAAAGUUGAUUUUAGAGGAAGAUCAAGAGGUUACGGAAUUCUAAUCUUCGGCACAGAAGAAGCUGCAGAAAAGGCAAUCCAAGAGUUUGAUGGACGCGACCUUGGAGGAAGACCAAUGGAAGUUAGACCAGGCAGAGCAUCUGCUCCUGGUGGUGCUGAUAUGGGUGGGGAUGCCCCAUCUAAAAAUACUGAAUUCACUGCUGGUGUCACAGGAAACGGUGACCCAAGCGAGACUUUAUUCGUUGCAAAUUUACCGUGGGAGACAACUGAGGCAGAUCUCUUUGAUUUGUUUGGCAGUAUUGCUACUGUGAGCAAAGCGGAGUUACAAUAUGAUCAUACUAAUAGACCUUCGGGAAAUGCCGUUGUUCAGUUUGCUGAUGAUGAUGGUGCUGCCAAUGCUCUGGGACAACUUGAUGGAUAUGAAUAUGGUAAUAGAGAUUUACACUUGUCCUAUGCCAACAGACAACAAGGCGAGGACGCCGAAAUGAACGAAGCUCCAGAGAUACCUGCCAACAAUGGAAUUCCAUCCGGACCAAGUAGUCAGCAGGUGCAGGCCCCCGUUCAAGGUUCAAAUCCGGUUGCUACGAUCGGUGAGACUCCUACUGCCACUACCUCCGCCUUCGCACCCGUUCCAGCACCAGUGCCUGUUGCCGUUGCACCUCCAAUUUCUGCCAAUCCUCCUGCAGUGGCCUCGCUACCUGUUUCCGCUUCAGCACCUGCUCCUAUUGACGCUUUUGUUGCAGUUCCAGCAACCUCUUCCGCUUUCACGACAAUUCCUACUCCUGCGCAAGCAUCAUCUACGGAUCUUGCUAAUGCGCCUGCUGAAGAAGAGCACAUCGAAGAGUAA